AUGCCCUGUAAGCGAGCAAAUAACGUAGCUUCUUGCAGCACCAUCCUAAACGGCACCUUGGCAGUUCAAGGCAGCCGCCUGCAGAUUGGACCCGCAAUUAAGCGGAUUGUGAGGGCAGCCAGGGAACAACAACUCCGGGACGCUUUUCCAGGGGGGACAAGGGAAAAACCCGCACCCCCACCCCAGGCAGGCCCAAGGGGGUCCCCUAGAGGAAGAGGCCGAGGGCUGUUUCCCCGCUACCUGCCCGGCCCAGGCCGUCUUGGAAACAAAGAAAGGGAACAAAAGGAACGUUAUGAUCUGUUGAUAAAGGAAGAAGAUGUCUGUAACCAUGUGAAAGUGGUGGUCCGGGUCCGUCCAGAAUCUCAGAAGGAAAAAAGAUGGGCAACUUUAGGCAAAGUUGUUCAUGUUGUUGACCAGCACAUCUUGGUCUUUGAUCCAAAAGAGGAAGAAGUCAACUUCUUUCACGGGAAGAAACUGACCCAUAGGGACAUUAAUAAACGAACAAGAAAGAUCUGAAAUUUGUUGUUUGAUGCCGUGUUUGGUGAAAGUUUCAUCACAGCUAAGUUUUUUGAGCAUACUACCAAAAGCAUAAUUGAUGGCUUCUUAAAUGGAUAUAACUGCACCGUGCUUGCGUAUGGUGCAACGGGAGCUGGGAAAACUCACACAAUGUUGGGUUCCCCUGAAGAUCCUGGAGUGAUGUAUUUAACCAUGAUGGCACUUUAUAAUUGCAUGGAUCAAAUAAAAGAAGAUAAAAUCUGCAAUGUUGCUGUCUCGUAUUUAGAGGUCUACAACGAACAGAUCCGUGAUCUGCUGGUCAACUCUGGACCUCUUGCUGUUCGUGAAGACACCCAGAAAGGGGUGAUAGUUCAUGGGCUAACUUUACAUCAGCCUAAAUCAGCAGAGGAAAUACUUCAGAUGUUGGAUUAUGGAAAUAAAAAUAGAACACAGCAUCCCACAGAUGUGAACUCCUCCUCAUCCCGCUCCCAUGCUGUCUUUCAGAUUUACCUGAGGCAGCAAGACAAAACAGCCAGUAUCAGUCAGAACGUUCGCAUUGCCAAGAUGUCUCUCAUUGACCUGGCAGGAUCCGAACGGGCCAGCGCCACGAGUGCCAAGGGGGCUCGUUUUAGAGAGGGAACAAACAUCAACCGCUCCCUGCUGGCUCUUGGGAAUGUCAUUAAUGCCUUGGCAGACCCUAAGAGGAAGAAACAGCACAUUCCUUAUCGAAACAGCAAGCUGACUCGUUUACUGAAGGACUCCCUUGGAGGAAAUUGCCGCACGAUAAUGAUUGCUGCUGUCAGUCCAUCUUCUAUGUUCUAUGAUGACACAUACAACACUCUGAAGUAUGCAAACAGAGCAAAGGAUAUCAAGUCUUCUUUGAAGAGCAAUGUUGUUAGUUUGGACAGUCACAUAAGCCAGUAUGUUAAAAUUUGCAAUGAACAAAAGAAAGAGAUCCUGAGGUUGAAAGAGAAACUAAAAGAAUACGAAGAAAAGGAAGCAAGAAUUCCUGAAAAUCAAAAUGCUGCAGUACUUUCAAACAACCAGGAAGCAGAAAUACAAAGAUACAAAGAAAUCCUUAAAAAUGUGUUUGCAAACCGUGAGGAAAUCAGAAGAGAAUACCUCAAGCUGGAAAUGAGACUGAAAGAAAACACACUGAAGACAUAUUACCAGAAAAAUCAUGAACAAAUCCAGAUGAUGUGCUCUGAAGAAAGGGUAGAAAAGGCCACUUGCAAGCGGGAUCAAAAACUUGCAAUGCUUGGAACCCACCGUGUGCACAUGCAGAAGAAAAGAGAAGAAGAAGUUGAGCAUUUUGAGGAAAACACCAAUUGGCUGCAUCGUGUUGAAAAUGAAAUGCGUCUCCUGAGUCAAGAUGGGUGUAUGCCAAAGGAACUCUCUAAAGAACUGCAGUGUUGCCAUUUAAACCUAGAAGUUAAGGACCUGAAAGCCCAGAUUGAGCACAUGUUAUUUCUGGUGUCCCUUCAAGAUCAGCAUUAUAAGCAGACAGAAAAAGUACUCAAUACUUUGCUACCAGUUCUUCGCAAACAACACCAGACAUUGAAAGAAGCUGGUCUGACAAAUAGUUUAAGUGAGACUGAAUAUGGGGAGAUUGAGCAGUUGAUUCAAAGACAAAAAUCAGUAGUUUGGGCUGACCAGACAGAAGAGAAGGAACAAAAUCAAAGCAAUGAGUUUGACUUGUCAGCUCUCUGUGCCUUCCCUCAACUUGUGAGCAGACUGAACACCCCAUGCCGUACAACUUCUGGUACACCAUCACAAGGAGUUUAUAAAAAAACACCACAAAUAGUGGAAUAUGCAGUACAGCCACAGAAGAGAACCAGGAGGAAGCUGAUGGAAUCUCCAGCCACGUGUCAAAGUCCUGCUGCAUCCGACCCCUCUACCCUCCACCAGCUGGAGGAUUCUCUUACCAAGGAGGUCCAACCUCUUGUGUAUACACCAGAACUUUUUUGCAAAAAGCCAGUACAAAGCUGCUGUGCACAGACUGUGGUAAAGAAAGCUUUGCACCUUGCAGGCCUUCAGGAAGGCAGUGCAUGUAGUAUAGCUAGGCCAGGGAAAAGGAAGAGUAUUAUGGACUCUACAUGUGACAUUAUCCCAGAGUGCAAUGAAGUUGACAUGAACUCAACAGUAGUUCUCUAUGAAGUGACAGAUGAAACAACUGUAGCAUCUACUGAUUCAUCCACGAAGGACUCUCAGCCAUGCAUCAAUACUGUUCUACAAAGACUUGAUCUCACUUCCUUAAAAACCAAAAAUACUACUUCAGAACUUGAGAAGCCCUCAUACAUGGCAAUGACUUCUGCUGCUGAGAGAAAAAGAAAGGUAUUAAGUUCUACAUCAAAUAUUGGGAUAGGCAACCAGCAAGACCAUGUUCCUGCCAAACGCAUUCGACAGCAGCUCCUGUUAAGCCACAGAGCUUUGCGAGUGCCCAAAAUGGCAGGAAUUAAAGCAGAGAACUGGAAGCAAGAACAGAAUGUGCCAAGAAACAUAGUUAGAAGCCUUUCUGAUGGAAAUGUAACAUCAGGAGUUAAUUCAAGGACAUCAAAAAAUCUCCUACUUCAUGUUUCUAAACUUCAUCCCAACCAGCAUCAAGAAAAAGAUAUCAGCACCCCUACUAAGUCUACAGGGCCACCAAGCUGUGGAGGUACAGCUGGCAUCCUCAAGGGCCAGACUGCCACCUGGAGCUAA